UAUGGACAAAGAGAAUAAACACGAACCCUUAUAUUUUGAUCUCAAUACGGGUGCUAGGAUUCCAGCCGUUGGCUUGGGGACAUGGAAAGCUGAACCUGGUGUCGUCGGUGAAGCCGUCAAAGCUGCUGUCAAGGCCGGUUACAGGCAUAUAGACUGUGCCAAAGUUUACAGUAAUGAAAAAGAGAUAGGGGAUGCAUUGAAGGAAUUGUUUUCCUCUGGAGAAGUGAAACGUAGUGAGCUAUUCAUCACAUCUAAGCUAUGGUGCAGUGACCAUGCUCCUGAAGAUGUCUCAAAGGCACUAAGCAAGAGUUUAGAAGACCUGCAACUUGACUAUAUUGAUCUUUAUCUCAUACAUUGGCCAUUUCGUACAAAGCCAGGGACAAGUGGUUGGGACCCAAAAAACAUGGCUCCACUGUGCCUUCCAGAGACAUGGACUGCAAUGGAAGGCUUAUAUGCAUCAGGCCAGGCACGCGCAAUUGGCGUCAGCAACUUCUCAACUAAGAAGCUGCAAGACCUCCUCAAAUACGCAAAAGUGCCACCUGCGGUUAAUCAGGUGGAAUGCCACCCUGUCUGGCAGCAACCUGCACUUCACAAUUUAUGUAAAUCAACUGGAGUUCAUCUAUCGGCAUAUUCUCCCCUGGGGUCUCCAGGUUCUUGGGUUAAAGGAGAAAUCUUAAAGGAACCAAUACUGAUUGAAAUUGCUGAGAAGCUCAACAAAUCACCAGCACAAGUUGCUCUUCGCUGGGGUAUCCAGAGUGGUCACAGUGUCCUUCCAAAAAGUGUAAAUGAAUCCAGGAUCAAGGAAAAUUUAAGCUUGUUUGAUUGGUGUAUCCCUCCAGAGUCCUUUUCAAAAUUAUCAGAAAUCCAUCAGCAAAGACUCCUCCGAGGGGAUUUUGCUGUGCACGAAACUCUCAGCCCUUAUAGAAGCCUGGAAGAACUGUGGGACGGUGAAAUAUGAGAAGAUUUUCCUUUUUCUUUUUUUGCUUUUAUAAAAACUCGAAUUCGAGAGACUAUUGAUCUUGUCAGGAUCAGAGAAAGGGGAAUUCGAGUCGUG